UGACUAAACAGUUUCUGCUCACAGCUGCCUUAGGUUGGAUUCAGGUGUGCAUAAGCCCCGAUCUGUGGCUAAAGAAAACCUCUAGAGGCGGGAAUACUGUUGCACAAAUUGCACAAAUUAUAAGAAAAUUAUUCCCGAGCAAUUGAAAUUCCUAAAACGCUGAGAAAACCUCUAACAAACUAAGCAAAAGUUAAAUAUACAAUAUUGUUUAAAAAUAAGUUUUUCCUUCAAAAGGUUACAAACCUGUUGCCAAAAUUAUAGUACCCUGCCAAAGUAAAUAUUUAAAAACAAUUUACCGAAGCCGUAAAUAAUUAACUUAGGAAUUCAAUCUCGAUAAGAACAUAACUGGUGACAAGGAAAGCCCAUUUAUGUAAGAAUGAAAUCAUUUUUUCUUUAAAUCAUAAAGAGGCAACCUUUUUGUCUGAGAAUAUAUAUUAUGCUUUAAUUGUUUAUUACCUGUGAUUACGGAAAAUGAGUCACCUACUGUGUUAUUUAUACUAAAUAUCACCUCUAAGCUACUUCAAACGGUUAAAAAUUACCUAAAACCUUAAAUAUAAAUUUAAAAAAAAAGUAGGUAAAUCUCUGUAUAAGUUUAAGUUAUAAAAAAAGAGUCUCCAGGAACUGCCAUCAGAAUGCAGAAGAUCUCGAUCAGCCUGCUGAUAUUCUUCGGUUUGGUGCUGAGUGCCUCGGCUGAGAUCUCAUCGCCCAUUAUCGGUGUUCUCACCCAGGAAGUCCGCCACAAUGGAUUGAUCAUGCGGCACUUCCCCAAUAAGACCAGCUUUAUAGCCGCCUCGUAUGUGAAGUAUCUGGAAGGAGGUGGAGCUCGAGUCGUGCCUAUUUGGAUCGGUCGCAAUCGCAGCUACUAUGAAGAUCUCAUGCUCAAGAUAAAUGGUGUUUUGCUGCCUGGUGGUUCCAAUUGGUUCAAUCAGAGCCACGGGUACGCCGAGGCAGGUGAACAUCUCAUCCAACUGGCGGUGGAACUGAACGAUAAGGGAACCUUUAUGCCCCUUUGGGGCACUUGCCUGGGAAUGGAGUUAUUGGUUUACAAGUUGGCCCAAAACAAAGAUCAUAGGAUUGAUUGUAAUGGAAAGAAUAUAACCCUGCCAGUGGAGUUUAAAGAAGGUUACAGAAAGAGCCGCCUCUUUGCCUCCAUCAGUGAAGAUGUGGCAUUGGCUAUGACCACAGAAAAUGUGACCUCUCAUUGGCAUCGCUUUUGCUACACAGAGCAGGACUUUGCGAAGGAUCCCUUAACCCAGAUUUGGCGUGUUUUAUCCCUGAAUCAUGACGUGCAUGGCACCGAGUUUAUUUCUACCAUCGAGCACAUUAAGUACCCCUUCUAUGGGGUUCAAUUUCAUCCUGAGAAGCCGCAAUAUGAGUUCACCAAGCCAAGUAUUCCCCACACUGCAGCUGCAAUUAUAACUAGCCAAUUCUUUGCCGAUUUCUUUGUGAGUGAGGCCAGGAAAAGUAAUCAGAGCUUUGCCAAUGCCACGGAGCAGGCCACGAGGUUGAUCUACAACUAUAAGCCAGAGUACACUUCGAUUCUGAGAUCCAUUUACACUCAGCAAUAUCUGUUUAGCAAUGAGGAAAUGGGACAAGAGUCCUUUGUGAAUUAAAUUUCUUGCUAAAUCCUAAACUAAUAAACUAAAGUCAAAGCUGGGAAACUGCAACAUAAACUCCAGUGGAGAUAAAGUAUCUCUUAAGCUUCUGAGCAGCAAAAAGCUAUGUUUACUGGGUAGCUGAUAAUUUUUAAUAAUCGAUACGCCAAUCGUUUCCAAUCACUCACACAAGUUAAGCCGUUCCUACUUAUCAGCUGUGUUAGGUCAAUAAAAACAAACAAAACAGUUUGUCUAUUAAUAUGCAUUAAAAGCAA